GAACCUCAUUCAGUCAUUGUAGGUAACGCAACUUCGAGAGAACUAAUUCAUCUCAAUGACUUCAACGAACACAGUACAAGAAAUUCAGUAUCGAUCUGAAAAUCGGUCCAACAUGAUUAAAAAAAGAAACUCGGAGGUGGAAUAAAGAACAAAUUCUUACCUCUUUGUGCUAAUCCAAGUGCAUCAAUGAUUCAAUGGGAUGAUUUUUGUUGAAGAUGCCAGAGAAAUACUAAGGCACUUAGCAGAAUCAAACAGAUUUUUCCGCAAUAUUUUUCCUCGGUUCUUAAAACAAUCCCACGUAGGCGCCACCUAAUAGUGGGUGCAAAUGGGUGCCAAAAACUGGGUGCCAUAUAUCAUUUUCGAAGUUAUUAUUAUUAUCAUCAUACUUGUAGUUUGGUUUUUUACUUUGGUUGUGAUUUUGGCCGCUCUUUAUUGGAGAAAGCAGUCAAAAUCCAAACUGCCUUCAACUGUUUUAGACAUUGGUAAGUGGUUUAAAGGUGUUUCUUACAAUGAGCUUCUGAAAGCUAAUAAUGGAUUUAAUAGUUCUACCAAUCUUCUUGGUGUGGGAAAUUUUGGUUCUGUGUAUAAGGGAAUUCUUCGAGAAGAUGAUUCAAAAUCUGUUGCAGUAAAGGUUCUACAUCUUCAGCAAAAAGGUGCAACCAAGAGUUUUAUGGUUGAAUGUAAUGCUCCCAGGAAAGUUAGACAUAAGAAUUUACUCAAGAUCGUUACUUGUUGCUCGAGUGUUGAUUUUCAAGGUAAUGAUUUCAAGGCUCUCGUUUUCGAAUACAUGGCUAAUGGGAGUCUAAAAAAAUGGUUGCACCCAUAUGAAGAUGACACACGCAAUGAUGAUGAGCUACAUGUGAAAAAUCUGAACCUGGAAAGAAGAUUGAACGUUGCAGUUGAUGUUGCUUCUGCAUUAAGUUAUCUAAACCAUGAUUGUGAAUCACCCAUUGUUCAUUGUGAUUUGAAGCCUAGCAAUGUCCUUUUUGAUAAUGAUUUGAUUGCCCAUGUGGGUGAUUUUGGCUUGGCUACGUUCCUCCAUCAGGACUGCAGUAUUUCUCGACAGCUUAAUGAACGUGAUGCAAGUUCAACUGAAAUUAAUGGGUCCAUCGGUUAUGUUUCUCCCGAAUAUGGAUUAGGUGGCGAAGUUUCUACACAAGGUGAUGUAUAUAGUUACGGAAUCCUAUUGUUAGAAAUCUUUACAGGAAAGAGACCAACUGAUGAGAUGUUUCAAAAUGGUGUAAACAUUCAUUACUUCUGUAAGAUGCACGCAAUACCAGAGCGAGUACUCGAUAUUGUUGAUUUACGAAUGCUAGAUGGUGAAAAUCAUGAUGAUAGUGAAACAAACUAUUAUCAUACACCACGAUGCGAAAGAAGAAAUAGGGCAAGACAUGGUACGAGAGAAAUUUUAGCUUCUAUUAUUCAGGUUGGAGUUAUAUGUUCCUCAGAUUUACCUUCAGAUCGAAUCAGCAUGAAUGAGGUCAUUGUGGACGUACAGGCGGUAAAGAAUCGGUUUCUUGGGAUCGGAAUGUCAUCAAAAUAAGUUGUUUCUACUCUCCAUGUUGUUAUCCUGUUUCUGCACUUGUCUUUGAUGGUUCAAAGUAUAGUCACGCUUGAUGGAAGUGCCAUUGUGCUAUUUUGAAGUUUUCUAGCUUGUGAUCUUGUUCUUCAAUUAUCAACUUCCUGUUAUUGUAAAAGAAAUUGUAUUAGGCCUUUCUAGCAAGUAUAAGGCCAUUGUAAAUGCCAUAACAUGUAUUAAAA